UGUCUACAAAUUUGUGCUGUUUUAUCUCGUCUUUUUUUUAAAGACCGUUAAAAACAGGAAGCAGUUUAGAAACCAGUGGUAUAAGAAGACUCGUAUUACUUCAUGACAGGGAUAUAUUGAGCCGUAUUUGGAUAAAGGACGCAUUCGUUGAGUGUUUUUAUUUGUGAAUGUGCAAGCUCUUAACAAUUCACAGCAGUCCUAAACCACUCUAGAUCUGGUGGGCAUGUAAUUUAGUUGCGAUUGGACGUACUACAAACGUUUUAUAGUACUUUUUUCAGUAGAUGAGUAUUUGAAUGUUCACUCAGUAUGAGUUUAGAGGUUGCAUGUUUGUCAUUUCGCCAACCAUACGCCGCUCUUGUGUUGAAUGGUGUUAAAACGAUAGAGAGCCGCUGGCGUCCCCUGCUGUCUGAGCAGCAGAACUGCACUCUAGCUGUACACAUCGCUCAGAAGAACUGGGAAGGGGAGGACUGGAGAUUCAUCCUCACAGAACGACUGGGAAUGACGCCUGUGCAAAUCGAGGAACUUCUCGUAUCUGGAGAACGGUUUGGACGUGGUGUUAUAGCAGGUCUUGUAGAUGUUGGCAAAACUUGGUGCUGUUCUGAGGAUGUUCCUGAUGAAGAGAUGAGAGAGCUGGAGUCAGCAGCCUGCUUGACUGGUCUUAAUCAGAAAUAUCUUACCCGACUCUCAAACCCUCGCUGGCUCAAUGAACCUUUGUAUUCUAGGGGCCAUAAAGACGUGUGGACGAUACACAUCCCAGUUCAUCUACUGCCCUCUGAUCCACCUCAUCUGUGAACAGUGAAGCACAGUGUCUAUUUGUUAGUUCACAUUGUGUGUGCCUGUAUUGUAAAGUUUAGGUUAGACUGAGAAAGAUGUACAUUCUGUGUAACAUAUACUGGUUUUAUCCUAAACUUUGAAUUAAAACAUUUAAUUUGUACAGUUGGUCAUAAAUAUCUUGUUUGUUUAUGGUGCAGGUGAAAUAAAUCAAAGUCA